AUGGUUGAAAGCAUACCCAUUGAGAUCGAGGAAGAUGUCCCGGCCACAGAGUCGGCAACGCAUUCCCCCGCAGUAGACGUCGAAACGGACGAGCAGAAACAAAAACACGCAAAUGCAGACGACAAUAAUGACAACGACGGUGGAGAACCAGAACUAGACGAAGAAGAAGAAGCAGAGCCAGACGCAGAGGAAGAAGAACAGCAACAACAGCAAAUGUCGCUACCCCUAUCGAAAAUCAAACGAAUCUUCAAGAUGGAUACAGAGUACACGGGAGCCAGCCUGAGCGCAGUUUACUCAGCGGGUUUGGCCACGGAGCUCUUUGUUCAGUAUCUCGUUGAACAAGCCAGCUUGCUCGCCAAGAUGGAUAAGCGGAAAAAGAUACAGUACAAGGAUUUCGCUAAUGCCGUGAGCAGUCACGACGCGUUGACUUUCUUGACUGAUACCGUUCCGCGAACGCAGCCCAUUGGCGAGUUGAUCCAGAAGAAACUGAUCAAUAUGGUCGACCCGCUGAAAAAGACUCGGACGGAGCAAACCAAGGCCAAGGUUGCUGCCGCGAGAGCCGCUCCAGAGAAACCACAGCCUAUAUUGCCCAAGGGGCAGCAGAUACUAAAUUUCCAAAGCUCGACUCCCGAACCGAGGAGACCUGCGUUUAGUGACAUUGUUUCUACAGGAGACGAGAAUCUGGAUACAGUUAUGCAUUAG